AUGGUUACGGGAGGGACAUCCGGUAUUGGCUUCGCCAUAGCUGAGCGCUUCCUACAAGAGGAAGCUACGACUAUCAUUCUCGUGGGUCGAUCCCAGGAGAGACUACAAAAAGCUGCUGAGAAGCUCUCUCUCGCUACAAAUACGGAAACUACAUCUGAAAAGGUUCGAUUGCUCGUUGGCGACGUAGGAGAGGCUGGAGGAUGGAUGCGAGAACUAGAAAGGGAAAUGGCCAGUGUGGAUAUCCUUGUUAAUGCGGCAGGCAUAUCGGUCUCAAAUCUCUUGACGAAACUAGAAUUGGCCGACAUCUCCAAUGUUCUCCGCACAAACCUAGAAGGCGCCAUACUUACUUCACGCGCCUUUGUGCGCGCUGCUAUCAGAAGCAGACUCCGGAAUCGCAAAAAUGUCCCUUCUGAAAAGCCAUCGCCGUCAAAAUGCAUCAUCAACAUCUCCUCAUUACUGGCCCUCAAGGCAGGGACCGGCGCAGUGCCUUACGCGGCAUCCAAGGCCGGACUUUUAGGAUUGACGCGGUCCUUGGCUGCGGAGACCGCGGCGUCCUCACGGGACAUGGCCAUUCGGUGCAAUGCGAUUGUUCCGGGAUAUGUUGAGACCCCCAUGAUCGAGGGCUUCUCACCAGGCGAGGUGGACAGGCUGAAAAGCUUGAUUCCUCUCCAUCGCUUCGGAGAUCCUCAGGAAAUUGCAGAUGCUGCAGUCUUCCUGGCUCAAAACGAAUAUGCCAACAACUGUGUAUUGAAUCUCGACGGCGGCCUGAGUGCAAUUUAG